AUGAUUGAUGCUGAAGACGCUGAGAACUGGGACGGACGCGGGGAUUUGAUGGUCCGAGAAUGGCGGCGGCUCCAUCUUCACAUCGAGCAGCAAGACCCGUCUACGUGCUAUGCCCUGGGCUGUGGUUCGAUGACAGAAAGGUCCUUUUUCGAACUCCUGUCCCUUCAUUCCAUCCGCGUGCUCUACGACUUCCGUUCGGACGGCGAGCAAGGCCCCUCGCACUUCAAGCCGAGUCAUCUGGAGGGUGCUUGCAAAAGGCAUUCAGUGCACUACCGCUUCGCGCCCUUGGGCCGCGAAGGGGCCUACGGCAUCCUGAAGCACCUCAAGGAGGACGAGGGCCGCAACUUGCUGGCUGAGCUGGUCUGGUGGGCUCGCCGCAAGCGGACAGCCUUCCUAGGCAAGGAAGAGGACUGGCGUCAAGAUCAUCGCGCUGCGAUCGCCUCACGCUUGGCUGUUGCCGGCCACGGUGUGAAGCACGUGUCGGCAGAUGGAGCUCUUGAGGACCAUUCGCAUGAUUUUGAGAUGCCCGACUUCAUCGCCGGUGAGGAGGUUCGCCUGCGGCGCCUGGAGAAGCAACGACUGGCCGGUGACCUGGUGCGACCCACGAAAUCCGCAACCUCACGGAGCACUGAGGUGGUCGCCCAGCGGCUCACACAGCCGCAGAAGGUGAUCGAUGCUGCGGCCGAGCUGCGCAAGGCGAACACGCAGGCUGAGCUCUGCCGCAUUCAGCGGCGCCUUGCGGAUGCCGAGCGCAGAUCCGCCUCCUCGGACGCGAAAGCGGGCCUGGGACCGAAGCUGCUGCACGUGAAUAAGUGGGUAAAGGCCCAGGCCGAGGAGCAGCGGGAGAACUUGGCUGCAGGAAAGACUAAGGAUGGCGAAGACAAGGACAAACUUGCCGCAGGUGGGCCAGCUCCCUCCUACUCCUGGACGGGUAGCGGAGGAACAUGCGGUGGCAAUCCUGACUUCCUUGCUGCCGCCAGCUCUUCCGAUGUGGUGGCCCCUGGCUGUGAUUCUUCGCUCUCCCACGACGGAGGCAGCGUCCGCCAAGCAUCGCCGGGGAGAACGGAUGGUGGCCUCGCCACGGAAACCUUGGCAGCGGUCCAGGAGUCCAUGCCCGAAGCUCCGGAAAUCCCUGAGCCCUUGCAUGAGCCGCUGCUGAACUGUCGCAGAUGGGCCAAGCGUUCGGGAAACGGUGCUGCCUGA